AUGCUCUCCGGGUUCAUCAUGACGACUAAGACCAUCCAUGGGAACUCGCAAUUCCAGAAGCCCUCUUCUCUCCCCUGGGCGUGGGAGUCACCCGGUGGAGGGUACCGUAAUGAAAUAGACCACAUCAUCGUCAAUAAAAGAGAGGCUAUAAAGGAAGGCCUUAAAGAGAGAAGAGCAGAAGUGCUGGCUGAAGCCGCAGAGGCGGGGAAAAGCAUCCGCUAUGCCCGUCGAGACUUCGCCAGUCGCAAGACGAGGAUGACUGCUCUCCGGAACCCUAAGGGAACAACUACUGCAUCGAGAAGAGAGAUGGAGAAAAUCAUCUACGACUUCUACUCUGAUCUCUUCGACAGCCAUGUCUACUUGCCUCCUCACCAUCUGAGGGAAGACGGACAUGUCAUUUUAGAAGUUUUCCCGUCCGAAGUACGACAUGUUAUUAUGUCGCACCCUGGCGAGGCUCUUUACACGUUACCUGUCGGAACGCAAGGUUCCAAAACAGUGGAGGCCAGCAAGACCGUGUUGUUGUAUAAAAAGGGAGAUCCACAUGACAUCGGCAACUAUCACCCAAAUUGCUUACUGUCCAUCAUCUACAAGCUCUUUACAAGAGUGAUCCUUAAUGGGACUGAAAAAGUCUUCGAUGAAGGACAGCCAUGCGAGUAA